UACACAAAUCCUUCUCCUUCACUAUCCUUCUUCUCCUCCUUAUUUUGUUGCAUUGCUAUUGCUAUAUAUAUAUUGAGAGAGAGAGAGAGAGAGAGAGUGAGAGAGAGAGAGAGAUGGGAGAUAAUAAUAGCAUUAAUAAAGUGCCUCCAGGAUUCAGAUUCCAUCCCACAGAUGAAGAGCUAGUGGUUCAUUUCCUUCAACGUAAGGCCGCCCUCUUGCCUUGCCACCCUGACGUUAUCCCUGAUCUUCACCUCUAUCCCUAUGAUCCCUGGGAACUUGAUGGUAAAGCAUUGGGGGAGGGGAAGCAGUGGUACUAUUACAGCAGGAGGAGUGAAAAUAGGAAUACAAGGAAUGGGUAUUGGAAGGCAAUGGGAAUGGAAGAAAGUGUAGUGAAUAGCAGUAGUAGCAGGAGAGUUGGCAUUAAAAAAUACUUGGUUUUCUUCAUUGGUGAAGCUGAAGGAGGAGGAGGUGUCAAGACAGAUUGGGUAAUGCAUGAAUAUCGUCUCUCGGAUUCGGAUUCCAGCAGCAGUACAUCUAGAUCAUCCAAACGUAGAGGACAUAAUUCCAAAAUAGACUAUAGCAAAUGGGUUAUCUGUCGAGUUCAUGAAAGAAGUUGUAGUACAAGUGAUGAGGAGGAUGGUGGAAUGGAACUAUCGUGCUUGGACGAAGUGUUUUUAUCCUUGGAUGAUGAUGAUGAAAUCAGCAAUUGCCAUUAAUGCUAGAUGCAUGCAUUACCAGCAAACUUUUUUGAAUGUACUUUCAAAGAGAAAUUAAAUUUAAAUCGUUAGAUUAUUAAUAGUUUUAUCCAGGUUAAAGAUAGGAUAUUGCAUAGGGAAAUGGAAUUGUUAUUGUAGCAAAUAUAGUAUUAUUUUUAUUCUAGUAAAUGAAAAUAGAAACAUGGAAAAAUCCAUGCUUAUUACUCACUCUGUGUGUGUAGUGAUGUGUGGGAAAGUGGACCAAAGAUUCCUCAACCACACCCACCAUUUGUGUUGGAAAAGAUUAGAUAAAUCCAAAUGCAAUGUGCUCAUAGUAUACAUUGUUGAAACGUGAGUAUAUGAGAGAAUCGGAGGGAAUUAGAGGAGAGUAAGUGUUUGAUUUUCUAUUUUAAAGCUGGUCACAUGUCUUUUAUAUAUUGAUUGUAAAUUUCUUAAAAUUUAAUUAAUAAAUUGAUAUCUUAUCAUUAUAGAUAUAAA